GGAGCCGAGCCUGGGAUCGCAUCUUCCGGAGGGAUCCGCGAGUUCGCGGAGGAACGCGGCCGCUGGGCGAAAAUAACCAGAUGCUUUAGCAGCGCCGGCGAGGCUGCGCUGCACCGCGGCGCUCCGGCCCCGCCAUGGGCACCGGGAUGUGCUCCAGGAGGCAGAAGGGGCUGCUGCAGACCGCCUUCUGCCUGCUCGCCCUGGCCUGCCUGGCCUCCGGAGUCUUCCUCUACAACCACUUGCAGCAGAAGGUGCGGAGCGCCGAGGCGCUGGCGCAGAAAUACAAACAGCAGCAGGAAGCGCUGUCAGCCCAGCUCCAAGUGGUGUACGAGCACCGGUCCAGGCUGGAGCGGUCCCUGCAGAAGGAGAGGGGGGAGCACAAGAAGACAAAGGAAGAUUUUUUAGUGUACAAGUUAGAAGCUCAGGAAGCGCUCAACAAGGAGAAGCAAGACUCCAUGAACAGAUACGGGGCCCUCAGCUCCCAGCACAAGAUCCUGAAGAACCAGCACGACGAUGUCAAGAAGCAGCUGCUGGACCUGCAGCUGCAGCACAACAGCCUCAAACUGGAGCACAGGAAGAGCCUGGAGAGCCACAGCCAGAAACUGGCCCAGCUGCAGCAGGAGAAGGACAGCGAGGUCACCAACCUGCAGGACACGGUGAUCAAACUCAGAGAAGAGAGCAAGCUCCUCAGGAAAGCCCACCAGGAGGUUCACUCCCAGCUCCUCAAUGCCCAGGCCCAGAUGGAAGAGUUCAGGCAGCUCAAGGAGGCUCUCCAGAAGAUGCCAGGCUUGAGAGGAGGAGGAGGAGGAGGAGGUGGGAAGGGGCAGCAGCCCCUGGUGCCAGCCAGCAGCCAGCUGCAGCCAGGGAGGCAGAAGGCUUUCCAGCCCAGCCAGGAGAACCGCUCAGCAGUGCCUGGCGCGCAGCAGCCGCCGGCACAGGGAUCCUCCAGCCACGCUGGCCCCGGGGAUGCCCAGCCACAGGUGCCCUUCAGCCAGCCAGCCCCAGCGCAGGAUGGCAACUCGCUGCCAGAGGCCGUGCCAGCCUGGCCAGCGCGGCGCGGCGCCGGCCACGCCGUCAGGUUCACCCGCACCAUGAACAGCCUGGCCAGCCCCGACGUGAAGAUGCUGAUGCGCAUCCAGGUGAGGAGCCACGAGGAAAGCCAAGCUCCUGGGCUGUCCCUGGCUGAGCCAGGACAACCCUCCCGAGCAGAAAACCCUCCAGCGCCAGGCGGCCAGCACUCAGCAGCGAGCAGACAGGUGCCAGUGCAAAGCUGGAAGGAGCUCGCUGGCAAGGAGAGCGCCCGGCUGGCCGAGGAAGGAGCGCGUGGCUACCCCGAGGAGCCCCAGGUUGCCCCCGAGGCCGGGCAGAGGGGGCAGAGGGGCAGCCCCCGGCCCCCCAGCCCCAGGAGAGGGGCAGAGCAGGACGGGGCGGACGAGGAGGAGCUGGAAAUGGAUGCAGCAGUCAUCGACAGGGAGUUGCACUCACAGAAGGAGCCCGUGGUCCAGGAGCCCAUGAUGCCAGAUGAUGCUGCGGAUCCUGCCCAGGACCCCAAUAACCAAGGUGAGGAUGAGUUUGAGGAGGCUGAGCUGGAGAGACCCGACUUUGAGGAGAAGGUGGGAGGCUCGGAGAAGUUGAAGGAGCCCAGAGUUAAAGAAGAGUCGAAGGAGAAGCCACCAAAGGAUGCUGGCAGACCUGCCAAGCCCAGGGAAGAGCCUCUGGAGGACUACCAAGAAGAUCAGGAGCAGGAAAUUGAGGAUCAUGGAGGGGAGGUGGAUGACAACGAUGACCUGGAGCUUGUCCAAGAGCAGAAGGACCGUGUGGGAAGGCAGGGAGCUGGUGGCAAGAAGGUUGACUACUUCUGAGAGCUGCUGGAAAAAACGGGAUACUCCAGGAAUGAGGGGAUGGGAACUCCUCCUGGGAGCUGCCUCCUGAGUUAAACACUGCCCAGAGCAAAGGCAGGAGGAGGGAACUCUCUGCAGGCCCUUGCAGGGGCUUUGCACAUGAAAAUCCCAUCUCGAUGUGGGGCCACUGCUGCCUCUCAGAGAUCUCUGAGACUGGGAGUGAUCUUACCCUGCUGCUUUUCUUAGAAGCACUUUUUGAUUUACUGUGUUCUUCGCCCUCUUGUUUUUCACAUCCCCUUUCGAAGCUGCAGAGGGCUUUUUUGGUUGGUUUUGGGGGGUGUUUUUUACCCCCCCUGGGCAGCAGAGGGGUGCCUGAGCUGGUCCCUGGACUCACUCGACUGAUCUCUAAUACAAAGGAAUCUGUCUUCAUAAAUGAUUUUGCUCGGUGGUGUUUCUUUAACACAUCCUUUGAGUAGGGUGGGGAGGGAACCAGAGGAAAUUUCCUGUUCUUUGCCUGGAGCUGUGCAAGAGCACCAACCACGGCCAGCAGAGUGUGUGGAUGUGAACACCUGCACCCCUUUCCUGCUGCAGAGACCCUCCAGAGACUUGGAGCAGAUCCUUGCAGAGCUCUCCUUGACAGUCCUGCCGGGCUCAGAGUGUCCCCAUGGAAUGCUGUGCAUCUUCCCUGCUGGAGGUGAGGGCUGGCCUGAGCUGAGAGAGGCUCUUCCCCAUGGGGACAGCGACAGCCACACCAAGAAAGGGGAAAAAAAAGGAAUAUUUGCAGCCCAACGAAUGCAGUUUCCAACCUGUUUGGAUUAUUUCCAGUCUCCCAACACUUGACGAGGGAGCUAAGGUCAAUUUUGCUUCUUCUAGACAGGUUUUGAUCAGGAAGCUGGGAAUUGUUGAUGCAGUAGAUUGAAUCCUGUGGGACUUUACUUGGCCUCCAAAAGACAUCUUACCUGACCUCAGGGGCAAAGAAGGAGCAGUCAGCUGGAACCCCUGGGAUUUAAAAUGAAAGGAGAAUGGGUUUAAUCAGGGUAUCUCAAAGCCCAGCACCUGUUUUAAGUGAUAAGAACAGGGCAGAGCUGUCCCACUCCCUGUCCCGUGCCAGACCCCUGUGCCUGAGCUGCCUGCUGCUUCCUCAUCACCAGACUCUGGGACCUCACCAUCAAACACAGCCUGUGCCUGAAUGUCAUCACCUGGGAAAAAAUCAGAGCAUCUUUGUUCUCUAUUUGAAUUAGUUGAGCUCUUUUUAAUCCCUUGUUUGUGGCAUAUUUUGCAAGCACUUUUAGACACUGGGAAAAACAAUAUUUAUUUCCCAACAAGCUCAGCCUUUUUUUAUUCUGACAGCAUUGAUUAUUUUUUUUUUCUUCCACUGGUUGUAAUGGAGCUUGAAAUUUACAUUUCAUAGGACUUUUU